AUGAUUGCGGUCGGACGGAAUGUGGUAGUCCUCUCGCAUUUGAAGCCGGGGGACCUGAAUUUCUCGCAGAGGGUGCGGCGGCUGGACGAGAGGACGACGCACGUCUACUUCAUGCAGCUGGCCAGCGCUUUGGCGUACCUGCACAAGAACGACAUCGCCCACCGGGACCUCAAUUCCUUAUGCUUCACCAUCGUCGAGAUGCGAUGCUGCUCUCGUCGCCUUCAAACUCGUUCUCUUUCCGCAGCGAGCGCGGCGACCAAGAAAAAGGAGCUGAGUGCCACGUUCUGCGGCAGCGAGGCGUACGCGGCGCCCGAGAUCCUGCAAGGUAUCCGCUACCUGCCCAAGCGGGAGGACAUGUGGAGCCUGGGCGUCAUCCUCUACGUCAUGGUUACGGGAGACCUGCCCUUCGAGAGCGGCAACCUGCCCAGACAGCUCAGGCUGCAGAUGACGCGCGUCGUUCGCUUCCCCAAGGUGCUUCCGUUGAGCAACGAGCUAAAAAACCUCAUCCGCUGCAUGCUCGAACCUGUGAUCGGGCUUCGGGCGAGCAUGGGACGAGUGAUCCGUCAUCCUUGGAUAAGGCGGUAUCCGAGCCCAUUCAAGGAGCUCAGCCGGAAGAUCUACCAGGAAGGGUCGAGGAGGCCGGGUACUCCUGUGGCCCCAGUCGCGUGCUUCGAGAACGGCGUCUGA